UGCAGGGAGCGCAGCGCGCGCCGCCCGGGCCCCGGCCACCGGACGCCCUACCGGACACGACCCUCCCUGGAGCUUGGACAACUGCCCACCUCGGACACUGCACCGGACACUGCCCCCCACGGGGCUGGACACUACAACGGACACUACUUCCCCGCUCCGGACAUUGCUCUCGGCCAACUCCCCCCCCCAUACGCUUUUUCCCCCAUCCCCCUUCGCGGACCCAGACAGUGAGCCCCUCGCAGGCGCUCGCUCGCGUCCUCCGAGCACUUCAGCGCUGGACAUUGCCUCCCCCCUGUUCCCCUUUCCCUUCUCCUCCCACCUCCACCCCCCCAUUUCCCCCGCACUGGUCUGAGCCCCGCCGGUUUCUCCGAUCCCCUGCUGUUUGGCCCGGGGCGGGGGGGGUGGUUGCCCGCGCCCCCGUCCCCCGGCUGCGGGUCCGGAUGCCUCUCCCCGGGGGACUGUGGUGGCUCCUCUGCUGCCGUCGAGGCUUCACUCUUCUGCACCGGGACUACGGGGACGGCGAGCUUAGCGGGGACGGGGACGAAGACGAGGACGAGGAGACCUUUGAGCUACGGACCCCGAGUCCAGCGGGCGGCGGGAGGGGUCCCCUGGACGUGACACUAACUCAGCCAGUGAGGAGCGGACAGAUCUCAGACAGGCUGCAGAGCUGGGAAGAAACCUGGAGUCUCAUCCCAGAAAAGGGGUUGCCAGAGGAUGACCCCGACGUGGUUGUGAAAGGUUGGCUGUACCGGGAACCCCGUGGAGGAGGGGCUCGGCCAUGGUUACCCCCUCGCCGAGCCUGGUUUGUGCUCACCCGAGACUCCCUGGACCAGUUUAGCAGCAGCGGGAAGGGAGCAAGGCACCUUGGGAGUCUCGUGCUCACCAGCCUGUGCUCAGUGACUGGCCCUGAGCGUAGGCCCAAGGAAACCGGUCUGUGGUCAGUGACUGUGUCUGGCCGGAAACACAGCAUCCGCCUCUGCUCCCCACGCCAGGCAGAGGCAGAGCGCUGGGGGGUGGCACUGCGUGAAGUAAUUGCCUCUAAGGCCCCACUAGAGACCCCUACCCAGCUACUGCUCAGGGACAUACAGGAGAGUUGUGGGGAUCCAGAAGCAGUGGCCCUCAUCUACCUGAGGAACCCUAUUCUGAGGCAUACCAGUGGAGCCUUGUAUGCCCCCCUCCUGCCUCUGCCCUACGAGGUCAGCGCCCCAGGUCCAGGUUAUGCAUCCCUGCGGGAGGAGGCUGUGCGGCUGUUCCUGGCACUGCAGGCACUGGAGGGGGCACGACGCCCUGGGCCCCUGAUGCAGGGUGUGCUCCAAACCUGCCGGGACCUGCCUGCACUUCGGGAUGAACUCUUCCUGCAGCUGGCUAAGCAGACCUCAGGCCCUGCAGGUCCUCCUGGGCUCCCUGCUACCCAAGAUCCUGCAACCCUGCGGUACUGGCAGCUUCUCACUUGUAUGAGCUGCACUUUCAGACCUGGAGGAGCCGUAAGAGGCCAUCUCCUGGGACAUUUGGAGAGGACUGAGCAGGCUCUCCCAGACUCAGAACUGGCGGAAUAUGCGCGCUUCAUCCGGAAAGCGCUGAGCCGGACCAGAGGCCGAGAGCUGGUGCCAUCGCUGGCAGAGAUUUCCGCACUGAGCCGACGGCAGGAACUGUUGUGCACGGUGCACUGCCCCGGGGCUGGCGCCUGCCCCGUGACCAUCAAUUCUCACACCACGGUCGGGGAGGUGGCUCAAGAACUAGUGGGGCGGCUGGGUUUGGCCCGGAGUCGAAAUGCAUUCGCGUUGUAUGAGCAGCGAGGAGCCCAGGAACGAGCCCUGGCUGGGGGAACCCUCGUGGCCGACGUUCUCACCAGGUUUGAGAAUUCGGCCUCCGAGGAGAUCGGAGUGGAAGACUCCCCCGACUCGGGGUGGAGACUGUGCCUACGUCUCCACGGACCUCUUCACCCCGAAGGGCUGUCCCCAGAUAGCCACGAAUUGCCUUUCCUCUUUGAGCAGGCCCACGCUCUGCUGCUGCGCGGCCGGCCACCCCCGCCCGACGACACGCUGAGCGCCCUGGCGGCGCUGCGCCUGCAGAGCUUGCACCGGGACUUCUCCCCGCGGGCGCCCCUCAACCGAACGGCGGCGGGAAGCGCGGGCCGAGAGGGAGGCGGCGGUGCCGGCACGGCAGCUGCGGUGCUGGGCAGCUGGAAACGGCUACGGGGCAUGGGCCGAGCUGAGGCCAUGGCUGCCUACUUGGCUCUGGCGGCGCAGUGUCCGGGUUUUGGCGCUGCUCGGUAUGACGUUCUGGAGCUGAGCACGGAGCCUGGUGGAGGUACUCCACAGAAGCUAUGCCUGGGCCUGGGAGCCAAGACCAUGUCCCUCUCCCGGCCUGGGGAGACAGAACCCAUCCACAGCGUCAGUUAUGGCCACGUGGCCGCCUGCCAGCUAAUAGGCCCCCACACUCUGGCAUUGCGGGUGGGUGAGAGCCAGCUCCUCCUGCAGAGUCCCCAGGUGGAAGAAAUCAUGCAUCUGGUGAAUGCCUAUUUGGCCAACCCUUACCCAGAGAAGCCCUGCAGCAUCUCUGCUCCUCCAUGCCAAGACCUGCCAGACACCUCCCCUCCCAGUCAGCACCAAGGCCUGGACAAGUCCCAGGGACAGUCUGGCUGCUUGGGGCAGCUGCAGGACUGAGCUUGCCAAAAAGGUCACGACUUCUCCUGCCUGCAGCCUGGGCCAGGACUGCUCUCAGACUUGAGGAAACCAUGGACCCUUUCGGCCCUGCAGGGACAGGGCACGCCUACACCCAAGAGCUGCAAUGGGUGUGGACAAUUUUCUAGUUUGUUUCUUAAUUUAUUUGUAGAAGAGAAAAGCAAAAAAAUCCUUAUUUACACAAA